UGAUCUACUUCGGUUUUUGAGAUUAUGCUGGAUAGAUGAAAAGUUUGUUUCGAGAUAAAAAAAAAAAAAAAAUAAUUAACGAUGGGAAACCACUGCACAAACCAUGUUUAAUGGUGUAACAAUUUUCUGAUUGAAUUGUUGAGCUGAUGUAUAUAAAAAAAAUCGGACUUAAUGUGGACUUCCGAAUGUUGCCUUUGUUUUGAUUAAUCACCUUGGUUACCCAGAAAAAUUAGUAUUCUAUUUGGUGGGCAAGUUACAUUUCCUGUGAAAAGUUUAGGUGAAAUGUUCCUGGGUGAUAAAGCUCAGAGCAAACGAAGACAUUGUGACGCAGGACAUUGGUUGUUCAAAUAACAACCCAGCGUUGAAUUGUCUUACUCUCCAAACCAGAAUUGGACUCAAAAGAACACUAACUUCAAUAUUCAAUCUUCCUCAAUGUCCAUCCGUACAUUCUUUAUGUAUAAAAAUGUUUUAUUAGGUCACUUGAUGGGGAAGAAAAGCCUUGACAGUCUCUCUGGAUCAGAAGAUAGCAGCAACAGGGACAAUAUACCGUCUUCAGAGGAAGACACGCUGUUGGAUAGAUAUGUGCAGCCGUCCAAGCUGGUGCAAGGCUUCAUCAGGACCCUCUGGGGACUGGAGAACAAGAGGCAGAACCAGACCCAGAGACAGGGACAGGAACAUGUUCUCUCUCGAAUGGGGGUACUCAAGACCACAAAGUGGGAAGAGACAGAUAGACACCGAUACCUCAAACAGCUGACAGACCUCAUUCGAUUGGCUUUCAACAUGAAGGAGAACACCAUCUUCAACUGAAGACAGGCAGUCAGUCAGCUCUAGUCUGCAGCUGUCCUAUGAUGAACGGCACUACACGCCUCAGAGACUCAGUCCGAGUCGUUGCAUCCAGCGCACCUGUUCACAAUAUUUUGAAAACAAUAUAGCCUAUAUUAGAGUUGACUUCAUAUGAUAUAUAAUAACAUAAUUAUCAUAAUAAUUACAUGACGUCAUCUACUAUUUAUUGUAUCCUACUCAAAAUACUACUCCCCCCCCCAUCAACAACACUGUGUAAAGAACAUUGAAUAAAGCUGAAAUUGUUGUGAUAACUGCA